CUGUAUUAUCCUGAGAGUGCGAAAUGGUGCCUAAUCCGUGUGUUUGUAAACAAAAAAAAAGAUAACCUGACAUUCCAAAGGGGAUUAACAAUGGAAGAGACCGAAUUCGUAGAAAAAAAUUCACCAGAAGUUAAUAAAAAUGAAGAAAACACUCCAAAAGACGUGACUCCUGCUCCAAUUGUUGUUGAUCUUGCUCCAAAAGAGGCAGCAAUAACCCAACAAAUGAAUGAAUUGGUUUUAGAGCCAGAGGAAAUGCAAUUAGAACGACCUGAGGUGAAUGAAAAGCCAGAAAAAUCAGAGGAAAAAAUUGUUCUGGAGGACGAAAAAGGGGAUUCUGCUGUAAAAACUCCAGAUGGGCCUCAUAAUCUCGAAUAUAAUUGGAGCAUCCCCCCGAGACUGCUGUGUUCAGCCACUGGGGAGUACGAACCCAACGAGAAAUGUGAAAACUUCACGAGAGGGUGCCUCUGGUCGCCGGAUGGGACGUGCCUCCUGGUGCCUGCUGACGACUUCAGGCUGAGGGUUUACGAACUUCCGAGGGUCUUGUACUCUGGACAGCUCCCGGAGGAUCCACUGCCCCCACUGAGCCCUGUUUUUGGUAUCAAAGAGGGUGGGAUUGUUUACGAUUGCUCGUGGUACCCCCUGAUGAACUCCUGGGAGCCAGACACCUGCUGUUUCAUCAGCACCAGCAAGGAGACUCCCGUCCAUCUGUGGGAUGCCUUCACUGGACAGUUGAGAGCCACUUACAGGGCUUAUAAUCAAGUUGACGAAGUGGAAGCGGCGAUAAGUGUCCAAUUUUCGGAUCAGGGUCAAACUGUGUGGACGGGCUUCAAAGGUGCCCUCAGAUCGUUCGACACUAAUCGCCCUGGUCGGCAAACCGAAGACAUUUUCCUGAAGCACGAUUUUCCGAACGUCACAGGGAUCGUCUCCUGCAUCCGGGAGAAUCCCAUGAUGCCAGGGCUUCUGGCCUUUGGAACAUACUCCAAAUGCAUAGGAUUAUACAGAAAUGGACCUCUGUGUUCCUUCAGAGCAAGCAGUGGCGUCACUCAAGUUGAAUUCAGCCCCUGUGGGACGAAACUGUAUGCAGCACUUCGUCGUAACGAUGAAUUCGUCUGUUGGGAUCUCAGAAAUCCUGGGAUUAUUCUGUACUCCUUGGAGGGACGUCGAUCCAACACAAAUCAGAGGAUUCAAUUCUCUCUUUCACAUGAUGGGAGCGAAAUUGUCUCAGGUGGAACUGAUGGAUUCGCCACAGUCUGGAGGAUUCCAGAAGACGGUUCUAGCGAAAUCCAGCCCUCCAGGAAGAUCGCGGUGUCUAAGGACUGUGUGAAUGGUGUAAAUAUGCACAAGUGCCUGCCGAUAUUGGCAACGAGUUCGGGACAAAGAUUGUGUGAUGAAGACGAUGUACCUAGAGACAAUAGCGUUCGAUUGUGGUAUUGUGGGUCUGAGGGGGAUAAAUCGUGACGAAUGAUAAUGAUAUGGUUUUCCAUCGAUGUAAUUGUGGAAUUAUGUAGAUUU